ACGGCGUGCAUAUCGCUCUCUCGUACAGUAUGAGUCGCAUUGUAUCAUAAAAUUAUUUAUUAAAUGUGAAUAAAUUUGGGACAAUUCCCCCAAAAUAUACGAAGUCUAAGAGCAAGAACAACAAUAUUACCACUUUCACGAAGAAAAGCUUAUGAGUGUCACUUCUACCCAAUCUGUUUAUUCUUAUGACUACCGACAACUACUAAUAUAACAAAAUAUUAUAAAGUUACAGAAGCUCAAAAGGAAAAUAAGCAUGAAACAAUAUAAGAUUGCUGUUGGCACUCUUAUAAUCGGCUCCGCUUUUAUUACGCUGUUUCUUUAUUGUCGAAACCGAUAUUUAUUAGAUAAACCUCACGCACCCAGAGCCAGACUAAAAACUAUCGCAUCGUCUCCUGCGCAGUACAUUGUAAAUAAACCGAUGCGCCAUAUGCCUCUAGAUGAAAUAUAUCCAGAUAAAUCAAAUGAUGAUUAUUCAUUUGAAUUCAGUACUAAGCGCGCUGAAAUGAUUGAUACACCUGGAUGCCAGAUUCCUGUGGCCUUAAUUAACUAUAGAGAAGAAACCUCAAAAAAACCUGGCUCAUGUGGAAGACGAGCAGUGUUUUUAAAAAAAAUUGGAAUCGACAAAGUACAGGUUUCAAUAAAAUCACGCAUAAUGAAAAAAUAUUUAAGGAAAAGUAUAACUUAUCACUGCUGCUACAAAUUUAUAAGUAGAUCAAAUCAACCCGGUCAUGAACACAUCAAUAUUAAAUACACAAAUUGUCAACACGUUGAAGACGGUGCCACUGUAUUAUUGGAAACAGACUUUAUAAACAUCAAAUGCUUUGAACACGAUAAGCGAAACACGACACAUGUUAUAUACAACGACGUAUAUGGAUUCAUCAAAAAGAUCAAUGUUACAAAACCAGAAGCGACUGAUUGCAAAGAAAAGUAUAAUGUUUUGAUGUUAGGAAUGGACUCAAUGUCCUUACCUCACGUCGUGCAAACAAUGUCGCGGACAGUCAAUUUCUUGAAAGACAACUACUGGCCUGGUUUCAGAGGUUUUCACAAGGUGGGAGAUAACACACUUCCCAAUUUAAUGGCCACUUUUACUGGCAAAAACAUAUCAACAAUAUCACAAAUAUGUUCGGGUAAAAUGGAUGACUGCAAUGAUCUUCUAAUUUGGAGCACGUUCAAGGAAGCUGGCUAUGUGACUGCAUAUGGAGAAGAUUAUAUAAAAUUACCGGACACAUUUAGCAAAGACUACGUGUUUAAGAGGCAACCUACUGAUCAUUAUAUGAGGACGUUAUUUCUCAGUGGAGAAACUGUUACUGGUGGGCAAAAUUUAUUGUGUGCAGGAAAGGAAUCGUCCGGACAGCAAAUAUUAAAUUUUGCCUUUGAUUUCAGUAACACAUAUAGAAACGAAUCUUUCUUUGGAGUAUUUUGGCUAAAUUCGUACAGUCAUAAUCCAAAUAGCCGUCCCCAAAACGCCGAUAAAAUGUUCGAGAAUUUUUUCAAUCAGCUAACUUACAGUGGAGUUCUGUCGAACACUUUUAUAAUUUUUUUCAGUGAUCAUGGUAUACGUUUCGGUGAUCAUCGUUUAAAAGUAGAAUCUUAUUAUGACGAGCGCAUGCCCUUUUUAUUUAUGUGGAUUCCAACAGAAUUUAGAAGCAAGAACCCCGACUUGUAUAAGGCAAUAGUAAUCAAUCAAUUUAGGUUAGUUACUCCUUAUGACUUGUACAAUACUCUUAUAGAUAUCAAUAAAAUGGCCACAUGUAAUAACACUAACAAAGAUGUUUCAGAAGGAUGUCCUAACUGCCAAAGUUUAUUUGAGGUUGUUAGCGCCAAUCGCACUUGUAGAGACGCCGCUAUAAACGAUAAGUGGUGUAGUUGCCACAAAUUGUAUCCUCUCGACAUUGAAGACAGUUCGGGAGUAAAAAGCGUAUUACACGUUGUCUCAUAUAUUCAGACGGUAGUGAAUUCUAUGAAAACUCAAAAAUGUUGGGGUUGCAUGCCUUUAUCUCUGAAGAAGAUACACAGAAUACAUUUUUACUAUGAUAAUAAUAAAAGUAAUUUAUAUUACGUAGUUGCAUUCCUUAUGAAUCCUGGUAAUACAUCUUACGAAGCUACAGUACUGCAAAAAGGGAAGGAGAUGGAAAUAAUAGGGCCUGUGAGUUAUAUUUCAGCAUAUAAAGGUCUUGGAAAAUGUACAUUUAAAGCAAGAGACCGAUUGUUUUGUAUUUGUAAAAAAAAAUGUUAAUCCUAAAAAUUCUAUCACAACUUCUAUAGGUUAUGACGUUAUAUAUUAAGAACGCACAUUCUUUCUGAUCUGUGAUAUUAUGUAGAUAAUAUUUAUAUUCAAUCUAUAUACAUAAAUUACGAAAUAAAUUAUAAUAUAUUUUUUACAUCAUAUAUGAAUUUUAUAACAUUUCUGUUACAUGUAACGUUAUAAAAAAUAUAAUUUGUAUUAUUUUAUAAGAAUAAGCAAUUUAUUAAAUAAUAUA